AUGAGCGGAUUUGAAUCACUUUCAAAACCAUUAAAACCUCGAUCCGAAGUUGUCAUACAUACACUUCAUCCAACACUUGAACAAAAACCACGUGCUAAAUAUAGUGUACCAGAUUGGUUCAAUCAUAAUUAUGCUAUUUCAUAUGAUGCAGAACGUAGUCGAAAUGUAUCGCAUCAAGUACGACAAGAUGGUCGGAGAUUGACUAAUGAAACAUAUAAUGAAUCAUGGUGGAAUAAACAUGAUAAGUAA